AUGGCUCUCUCUAAGCUUUUACCUGUUUCCCUUAUUCUCUCUUUUCUCCUUCUCCAGCACCUUAUUGAAGACAAUCAAUUGGUAUCUUCAGAGGGACUACAUGGUUCUCUUAACGUUGAGAAGAUAGAUUGCAAUGAAGCAUGUGACGUAAGAUGCAGCAAAUCAUCACGGCCGGACCUAUGCAAGAGAGCAUGCGGAACAUGCUGCCAACGAUGCAACUGCGUUCCACCGGGCUAUUCCGGCAACCAACGAGCGUGUCCUUGUUAUUACAACCAAAUCACCCAUGGUGGCAAACGCAAGUGCCCUUAA